AUGCCACGACAGGAGUCUCCAGAAUCCGCCGAGCAACCGCUUCAGGGUGUGGUGUUGUGCUUCACCUCGAUUGGACCAGAAGACCGGACUCGAUAUGCCGAUAUCGCAAUCAAGAUGGGAGCAGAGCACAAGCUCGACUUGACUUCAGAUACCUCCCACCUAAUCGUCGGUAGCACAGAUACGCUCAAGUAUCAAUACGUCGCCAGAGAAAGAGAAGAUAUCAGGGUCUUGGUUCCAGAUUGGAUUGAGGCUGUGCGAGAUCACUGGAUCAAUGAUCUGCCUCUGGACCUGGAUGCUCUUGCCACCAAAUAUCGAGUGCCCACCUUAGCCGGCUUGAAAAUAUGCAUCACAGGUUUUGAUGAUCUUGUCUUCCGUGCUCAACUGCAGAACAAUGUCAAGCAGAACGGUGGAGAAUAUACCGGAGACCUGACCAAGGACGUCACUCAUCUGAUCGCAGCCAAGCCCGAAGGGAAGAAGUACGAGUAUGGGAUGCAGUGGCAGAAAAAGGUAGUGAGUCUGAAAUGGUACAAGGACAGCCUUGAGAGGGGCAUGCAGUUGGACGAGGCUCUCUACCAUCCUACACUCCCAGUCACUGAGCAGGGCGUGGGGGCGUGGAAUCGAAAACAGCGACCAUCUCCUCAACUGGGCAAACGUGCACGGGAAGAGACCAUUGCUCCAGAGCCAUCUCGGAAACUUCGAAGGACUGCAAGUGUUCGGCUGGGUAGUCAGAAUCAGGACAUGUGGUCGGACAUUGUCGGUGGUGCUGGUUUCGAGGCUCCGACUGAUGGCCGUCCGCGGCUGAAGCCUUCUAUCUCCAUGCCAUCACUUCGAAGACCCGACAGACCUGCAAUUGUGGCUGAGGACGUUCGGAAUGACCAAGUCAAUACUGGAUCUGGUCCCGGCAAUACACGUUUUGAAGGGUUCCUGGCUGGCUGUCACUUCAUGGUACAAUGCCUGGAUCAGAAAAAGAAUGAACACCUACGGAGGAUUUUGACCUCGCUCGGUGCGACAAUCAUUGGUGAAGACGAAACUCAAUGCAGUAUCGAACCUAGCAAGUUGUUCAUUAUACUGCCACACAAUGUGGCCGCGGCUGGACCAGUUCCCGGAGACGUCGUUCCUGAGGGCUUCCAGGUGGUAUCUGAACUCUGGCUGGAGAAAUGCAUGAUCGCGAAGUCAUUCAUAGCUCCUGAAAGCUAUCCACUCGGGCAGGUGAUUAGAGAACCCAGCACGGCACUGAAAGAUUUGACCAUCAACGUCAGCGGCUUCGACGGAAUCGAGAAUGUGCAUAUCAUCAAGAUCGUCACAUUGCUUGGCGGCACAUACGCGGAGGCUUUCACUUCGGCCAUUUCAGUGCUUGUAUGCAGAGCCACCUUUGCGAGAAGGGACAAACUUGAGCUGGCACAUCAUCUGGGUAUUCCUGUUGUGACGGAGGAAUGGCUGUGGUCGACGAUGAAGGAUCAGGCCAAAGCAAGCAUAAACGAUCAUCUUCUGCAACCUCAGCCAUCUCACGUCGCGAAGAAUGACGCGGCCAGCGCGACGAAGGCACCCACGGGCGACCAUGUGUGGUUGGGGACGACGUUUCUACAGAGAAAAGCGAGCGAUGGACCAGCACGCCGACAAGGACGCGCACAGGCAGCUGAUAAGCGGACCAGACCAGGAGCGGUAACAGUCAGUCCUAAAAGGUCGGGUACACCUGUCAUCGUUCACCAGGAGUCCUCAGAUGUUGCACAUGGUACAGACCGCACGAGUGCCUCUGAGCAACAAAGUGACACACAGGAUGGGUUGUACGUCGAUGGCAAGUGUCCACUCCGAGAGCUCCCUCCAACUUCUGCUCGCAGGAACGUUCAGGCUGUCGAACAUACUAAGGCUCCCAUUCCCUCACUGGAUGGUGCAUCGAGUGUGGAAGAGCAGAAGGCGAAGGAAAACACGCAGGGGGUGGUAGAAGUCGCAGCAAAACUCACCGACGUCGAAGCGAUCAAUGGGGCAAUCCGAGACAUCUUGAAUGAGCGCUCGAACCAAAAAGCUGCCAAUAACAAAGUGUCCGAUGAACCAAGGAAGAAGAACAACAGACUGGUCGGCCGAGCUCUCAGCAACCUGUCCAAUUCAUCAUCUACCUCGAAUGUGCGACCCUCGAGAGCAAGCUCUGUUGGCAGCGUAAACACAGAUGGCAUCGGCACCGAACUUCCUACCAAGCAAUUGGGAGAGCACCAGGGUGGCGAAUCGACAUCCGCAGCCGAAAAGAGAAGCUUCAGCCUCACCGGACGAGCUAAGACUCCUCUAGCAGGGCUGAAUUCUGCUGCAUAUGGGAUGGACGAUCCUGAUUUGGUCAGGCCGGCAGGUUUUCACACCGAGCAAGAACCAGCACCUCGCAUGACACAACUGGGCUACGAAGACCCCGAAGAAGCAAUCCUGCUACGCGAAAAGCUGGCUGCUUCGAGACAGAAAAGAUCAAAGAACCCUGGCGACCAUGCAGCUGAAGAUCAAGACGAGAGAGCGAAACCAGCCUUGACCAGGCGGAAAACCGCUGACCGCAAGAUUCGCGACGAUGAUCUACUGGCCAUCGCGAAUACAGGGUGGGGAAGCGGAAGGAGGACGAGGCAUAAGCAGCGGAGUCCUCCAGGCAUAAAAGGGUUUUGA